AUGGGAAAUUUAUUUUCGGCUUUCGGUUUCAAUCAACCAUUUCUGAUCGCUUUAGCUGUAAUCAUAAUAAUGCUUUUGGUGACAGCGAUACUUGUUGGAAACGAUGAACCACAAAAAUGCAAUGUGACUCAUCGACGUGAUGAUACUACUACCCCUUGUAUCACAAUUCACAGUCCGUUAAAAUUCGACACAGCUACUCUAUCGGAAUAUACUUCAUGA